AUGCGAUGGUGGUUGGCGUCGUUGGUGGCGCUCGCCAUUCUCAGCGGCCCGGUUCGAUGUCAGCAGCACGAUUUGUUCGCCAUCAAAAAAGACGCGGUUUCGCCGUGGUCGCAGAUACUCAUCGCCCUUCCGCGGCACCAUCCGCUCUACGAGGGCUUCAUCGCCAAACUUCAAGAUGUCUCCGAGAAUAUAAGCGACGAGAUACGCGAUCAGAACAAGACGUUCGUCUCAUCGAACGAUCUCACGAUUCGAGUUCACGCGUUGCGCCCUGGCCAUCGUUACUCAAUUUCUAUAAUUGGUCAAAAGAAUGGCGCGAACACAUUGAUCAAAGAGGAGAGCGUCGUCAUGGAUCCGAGGGCUCCCGAUUUUCGGACGGCCCACUCGGAGAUCAGCGUCGAUGAGCACAACAUCACAAUGCGGACCAUCAAAAACGAGACGUUUAUUCAGGACUCGUUCUCAAUCGAAUAUCGACAAAUCAAUCCGGACAAGAAGUUCCCAAUCUUGCAAGUGUUGGAUAUUCCCGAGCAGCGGAGUUUGGAGUUCUAUUUGGGCAAUCUCAACGCGGGCUUCGAUUAUUCGGUGCGCGUGACGGCGCACAAAGACGGAAUGAGCAGUCGGCCGUGGAUAUCGACAAUCUCGACAAGACCAUCGCCCAUCAAAUCGUUGAACGCCACGCAGAACGGGGCGUGCGUCGAAUUGGCGUGGCAAUUCGACGAGUUCAGCGGCGCCGAUUUUCUGGCGCUUCAAUACGCCGUCGUCGGAGCGUCGAAUGUGACGAAUGUGACGAUACCGGCGACGGAGACGUCGUUGUCGGUGUGCGACGGAAUGACGGCCGGCGAGGCGUACGCGGUGUCGGCGACGGUGCAGAAGGGCGCGCGCGUCUCGCGACGCCUCUCGCGCACCGUCCAACUCCGCCCGUCGCCGCCCAUCGAUUUCCGCGUGCGCGCCGACGUCAAACGCGGCAAAUACAAAUUGCUCGCCGAGUUGCCGGCGAGCUCGCGCAUCGACAAGUGCCGCAUCACCGUCGCCGGCGACGACGUCGAGCGGACGAUCAACGACGCGAGCGUCGAACAGACCAAAUCCGGCCAUCGAAUAUGCUGGUUCAAUUUCGCGUUGUCGCCCGGCGAGCGAUUCGACUUCUCGAUCUCAUCGCUCGCCAAUUCAUCGACUAGUCAGAAGCUGCAGAAGAGCAUCGUGCUCUCGCCGGCGUUCGACUUCAACGCGUUCGGUCUCACCAUUCAAGAGUCGAACGGCGGCAUCGAGGUGCUGUGGCCGAAGAGCGAGGUGUUUCUGGCGCGCGUUCGCGACAUCUGGAACAAGGUCGUCGGCGCCGACAGCUCGCUGACGAUUCGCGUCGGCGACGACGCCGACGCGCGUCGAACGCGCAAAUUCGAAACGUCGCCGCGCGACGAUCGCAAAUCGGUGUUCGUCGAGAAUCUCGUCAAAGGCACCUGCUAUCGGGUCCAAUUGUACACGGUGACGAAGAACGGCAUCAUCUCCGAGACGCGACACAACGAGACGAUUCGAAUGAGCAGUCCGACGGUGAACGUGAGCCUCGAAAGUGUGACGCGAUCGUCGGCGACGAUUCGCGUCGCGACGCACGAGACCGGCGCCAACUGCCAAUUGCACAUUGUGGUGCGCGACGUGAACGGUCGAAGCGUCUACGAUCGCAAGAUGAUGAUGGGCGGCGCCAACUUCGCGCCGCUUCUCAAUUUGGACGGAUUGAAGGCGUUCCACAAGUACACGGUGAACACACAGAUAAUCUGCGGCGAGCCGGGAGCGCUCUCGUGUCCGCCGUCGACGAGAACCAUGCGGCAGUUGUCGUUCUCGACGCGUCAGGACAAGCCGGCGUCGGUGCAGGCGUUGCGCGUCGACGCGAUCAACUCGCACUCGGCGCUCGUCUCGUGGCUUCCGCCGGCGCUUCCCAACGGCAUCCUGACGCACUAUCUCGUCAACGUCAGCAAGCGCGCCUCCGACGAGGUGCGAACGAUCGACGUCGGCGUGGCGUCGAAUCGAAGCGACAACGCGAUUCAGGUGGUCGUCGACGAGCUGCUCGGCGGCAAUUCGUACUCGUUCGACGUGCGCGCCGUCAACGAGGCCGGCUUCGGGAUGUCGUCGCCGACGCCGGCCAACAUCUCGAUUCCGAUCAGCGCGCCGCCGCGGCCCUCGCAAACGCCGACGGUGAUCAAGGAGAGCGUCAGCGGCACGAUGAUGAUCGUGCGAUUCGCGAGCGCCAUGUUCGACAAUCGCAACGGCGAGGUGAAACAGUUCGCGGUGAUCGUCAGCGAGGUCUCGACGGACGAGUCGAUCAAUCGAUGGCUCGCCGCCGACAACGCCACCUACACGUGGUCGCAAGUCCAACGCUUCGACACGUGGCCGUCGUAUGUGGCGAAAAUUCGCGACGUCGCCGCCGCCACGUCAUCGUCGCGCGAACCCGCCAGCGUCUACGAGGAGAUCGGCGACGACGAGACGUGCGUCGAGAGUCGACACGAGCAGAUAUGCAACGGACCAUUGAGACCGGCGACGAGGUAUCGCGUUCGGAUACGGCUGUUCACGUCGCCGACCAUGUUCACCGAUUCCGAUUAUAGCGAGAUUGUGAUGACAGGUUCCGUCUCGCCGUCAAUACCGCUCUUCUCGCUGGUCGCCGUUCUAAGUGUCGUCGUGCUUCUGGGUCUCGUCGCGACGCUCAUCGUCGUUUGCUGGAAUCGAUCGAAGAAAUCGAGACUCGCCGCCUACAAGAACGGACCAUCGAAAGAGAAGGAGUCGCAGUGGGAGGCGCUCAAAAUGAUGAUGGCCGAGCGCGCGGCGGAUUGUCUCGCGAAACUCGGCCUCGACGGCUCGACGACGUCGUCGCCCGACGGUGUGCUGCGUUCGACCGGCAGCACGUCGCAUCUCGAAGCGCCGACACCGUCGUUUGCCGCCGGCGGCAAUCAUCGACGAACGCGGAGUCUCCGCGAGCGAACCGGCGUCGAGCAUCGCCUCGAGCGUCUCGCGUCGGGACCGAUUCAUCGCACGCCGCUCUACACCGUCAUCGGCGGCGUCAACACGAACAAGACGCGACCGGUGCGAAUCGACGACUUCGACGAGCACGUGCGGAUGAUGAGCGCCGAUUCCGAUUUUCGAUUCUCCGAGGAAUAUGAGAUGAUGAAAAACGUCGGCGUCGGCCAAUCGACGCACUCGGCCGAAUUGGCGGUGAAUCGUCCGAAGAAUCGCUUCACCAACAUUCUCGCCUACGAGCACUCGCGCGUGCGCGUCGCCAAUCCGUCGGGCAUCGACGGCGGCGACUACAUCAACGCCAACUUCGUGCCGGGCUUCUCGUCGCGUCGCGAGUUCAUCGCCGCCCAGGGACCGCUGCCGACGACGCGCGACACCUUCUGGCAGAUGACGUGGGAGCAGCAGUGUCCGGCGAUCAUCGCGCUCACCAAGUGCGUCGAGAAGGGCCGCGACAAAUGCCAUCAAUAUUGGCCGGACGUCGACAACUCGUCGGUCAUGUACGGCGACAUCGAGGUGACGCUACUCGCCGAAAAGCACUUCGACGAGUUCAUCAUUCGCGAUCUUCGCCUCGAGCGCAAAUCGUCGACGACGCCCGACGGCAAUUCGCCAAGUCGAAUUGUGCGCCAUUGGCAUUACAUGGCGUGGCCCGAUUUUGGUGUGCCCCAACAUCCCAACGGCAUCAUCAGCUUCGCGCGAAUGUUCCGCAAUCAUCUACCACACUCGCCGCACAAUAUGCCAACGAUUGUGCAUUGCAGCGCCGGCGUCGGUCGUUCGGGCACCUUCAUCGCCAUCGAUCGCCUUCUCCAAACCAUCUCAUUGAACGAGCCAAUCGAUGUGUUCGGCAUCGUGUGCGAAAUGCGAUACGAGCGCUGUCAAAUGGUUCAAAACGAGCAACAAUACAUUUUCAUCCAUUUGUGCAUUCUGCACGCGCUCAAACAAUCAACUUGCUCAUCGCCAGCCGUCAGCGGAGCCCAUCAAAACGCCGGCUACCUCCACGACACGAGCUCAUUGGCCGAAUCGGGCUUCUAA